GCAUCCACGACGGGCUCUUUAAUUUUCAUUUAUGGACGCUGUCCCGUAAAAUCCCAAAUCCUGAAAGCAAUUUAUAUAACCCUAAAUCAUUCCACUACAUUCUUGUUCGAAACCAGAGCGAGCGGCGAAAACCUCGAUCUCCAUGGCCACCGUUCGCUUCCUCCGCAUCCGCGCCGCCCGCGUCCCUUCCUCGUCCCCCCCGCUGCCUCCGCUCCUCGCUCGAUUCUCGCGAACGCAUUCCACCACCACCGACGCCGCUCCCGACGCUGCCUCGCCGCCUCCCGUGCCCCAUCGCCGCUACCCACCCCCUCGGCCGCACGAGUUCUCUAAGCCGUGCGAGCUCAUCGGGACCUGGACUCCAGGCGCCAACCCUCGGGAGGCGGCGGCGAGGCUUGAUCGGCUGCAUCGGGACUACAGGAAGCAGAUGAAGCAGGUCCGAGCCAAGUACGCGUACGAGAUGGAGCUGCUGAGGAUCGAGAACCAGCGCAAGGAUGACGCCCGGCGUGAGGCUGCUCGCCUUGCCAACGUGGAGCGGAAGAAGGCGAAGGCUGCUGCAGCCGAGACCCGCGCUGCGGAACGGAAAGCCUUCAAGGAGGAGCUUCGCCUAACCCUAUUGAAAGAAAGAACUCAGAAAUUGGAAAGUUGGAGGGCAAAAGAGAAUCUGAGGGAAGAAAAGGAAGCCGAGAAAAAAGAGCUUUUACGUCGCCAGAGUUCCGUGUGGAUUAAGGAUGAAAACUUUGAGAGAAGAAUGCUGGAGGCAAUAGUUGAUACCACACCCCUCUAGUCAAAUCUGAUCUUCGUGAGAUUAAAGGUUUGUCCCCUUUCCAACUUCAUUUUGAUGCUUUGGAUGCUGCUUAGUCCAAUAAUAUAAUGGAACUGCUAUUCAAAAAAGAGUGUAGACUGGAUUCAAUACCAUCAAAUGAAGAUCUUAUUUUGUUGAUCUAGUGUAAAAUCUUCUGUUGUCUCUGCAAAAUGGAGGGAGUUCCAGUUAAGUUUAGGUACUUUUUUUAUGAAAAUUUGCAUGAUUGCUAAUUGUACUAUUUACUAUCUUAUCAUUAUAAACAUAACUCUUUUUUUUUUU